CCCCGUGCCACACGAGCAGCGCGAGCUCGUGUUGAUCUAAUGCAGGAUUCACCGGGGACCGUGUGUGGAUAGCGCGAUAUGUUCUUCUGAACGCAGGCGCUCACAUAUUCUGCCAUUAAGCGGCACUUUUUGGAGAUCCGCUCCGUGUUAUUCGGAUGCUCGGUUCAGUGAGCGUCUCGCAAAGAGCCCGCAUCACUCUGAGGAAGGGAAGAGACUCGAUGAAUCACAAGUGAAGAACGAGAAACCACAGAGAGGCCUCCAUACCUUCGUGAUUGAAUGUGAGUUGACUUUGACCGUACCAAAGUGAAGAUGAAGUUGCUAUGGAAACUGCUGGUUCUGCAGCCAUUCCUGGGGUGCCUUGCAGGCAACACACUGCAGAGCCCCGUGUUCACGAAGCAGCCAGGCAGCAUUGUGUUUCCAGUAGACACCAUGGAGAAGAACAAGGAGGUGGUUUUUAGCUGUGAGGCGCAAGGUGACCCUCCUCCUUUUUACAGGUGGAAGCUAAAUGGCAGUCUGCUCAACUUUAAACCCGGCUCUCAUCACAGCCUCUCUGGAGGCAACCUUCGCAUCAACCAUCUCAAUAAAGAGGACGCUGGGACGUACCAGUGCCUUGCUUCCAACUCCCUCGGGACUAUUGUCAGCAGGGAGGCCAGCCUAACCUUUGCCUAUUUGGAAAACUUCAGAUCCCACAAGCGGAGUUCUGUGUCGGUCCGGGAAGGACAAGGAGUGGUGCUUCUCUGUGGGCCGCCCCCUCAUUUUGGAGCUUUGACGUUCUCCUGGAUUUUUAAUGAGUACCCGUCAUUUGUGAAGCAAGAUUUUCGUCGAUUCGUGUCCCAGGAGACAGGGAAUCUAUACAUCGCUAAAGUUGAGCCAUCUGAUGUGGGCAACUACACCUGUGUCGUGACCAAUACUGUCACCAAGACACGCGUCCAAGGCCCGCCUACUCCUCUGAUACUGCGCAACGACGGUGUUAUGGGAGAAUAUGAGCCAAAGAUUGAAGUGCAGUUUCCAGAGAUCGUUCAAGUGGCCAAAGGUUCAACUGUGCGUCUGGAGUGUUUUGCACUGGGGAAUCCAGUACCUUCCAUAAGCUGGCAUCGGGUGGACGGAGUCCCAUUCGCCCGUAAAGUGGAUGUAAGAAAAACCAGUGGCGUGAUGGAAAUCCCUUACUUCCAGCAAGAAGAUGCGGGCACGUAUGAAUGUAUGGCAGAGAACUCGAAAGGAAGAAACUCUGUGCAGGGAAAGCUGUCUUUCUUUGCCUCCCCCCAGCUAAUUGAAAAGCCCCAGGAUGUGCAGAAGGCCAUUGAUGACUCUCUGGUGUGGGAAUGCAAGGCCACAGGGAAACCCAAACCCUCAUACAGGUGGAUGAAAAAUGGAGAGAACCUGGAGCCCACUGAGGAGAGGGUGCAGGUCAUUAAUGGCGCCCUGUCCAUCACUCGCCUGGCGCUCUCCGAUAUUGGAAUGUACCAGUGUGUGGCUGGGAACAAGUAUGGAGAAGUGUACUCCAAUGCUGAACUCAGAGUUAUCGCUGUUGCUCCUGAUUUCUUCCAAAAUCAGCUGAAGAGCCACACUUUAGUCAAAGAAGGCGGCGAUGUUCUCAUUGAAUGCAAGCCCAAGAUGUCUCCUCGAGGCACGAUCUCCUGGCGCAAAGGCAACGACGCCCUCCGAGAAAGCAGCAGAAUUGCUAUACUGGAUAGUGGAAGCCUUCGGAUAUCCAACACCACCAAAGCGGAUGCUGGCAUGUACACAUGUGCUGCCCAUAACCAGUUUGGGGAGGCCAGCAGCUCAGGGAACCUGCUUGUUAAAGAGCCAACUAUCAUUACAACUGCUCCGAACACGCUGGACGUGACCGUUGGUGAGAGCAUCAUUCUUCCCUGCCAGGUGUCCUACGAUCCCUCGUUGGAGCUCAAGUUCACCUGGUUUUUCAAUGAGCAGCUCAUCCACUUCGGCAGCCAUGGAGGAUACUUUGAAAAAGUUGGCGGACAGCACUCGGCAGGUGACAUCAUGAUCCGGAACAUUCAGCUGAGGCAUGCUGGGAAGUACACGUGUGCAGUGCAGACCAAGGUGGACAGCAGCUCCAUCGCAACAGACCUGAUUGUCAGAGGUCCCCCCGGCCCCCCUACCAGCAUCCAUGUGGAUGAAGUCACAGAUACCACUGCCACUCUCUCCUGGAGGCCUGGUCCUGAUAAUCACAGUCCAAUUACUGCCUACACCAUCCAGGCUAGAACCCCUUUCUCCCUCGGCUGGCAAGCUGUUAGCACAGUGCCAAAGGUGGUCGGGGGCUCACAUCUGACUGCUACAGUCAUCGAGCUUAACCCCUGGGUGGAGUAUGAGUUCAGAGUGUUGGCAAGGAAUGCAGUGGGCACAGGAGAGCCCAGCAAACCCUCGAAGAAAGCCAGGACUAAAGAAACAGUUCCCAAGGUCACCCCAGCCAACGUGAGCGGAGGAGGUGGCAGUCGAUCAGAGUUAGUCAUCACUUGGGAGCCCGUUCCUGAAGAGCUGCAGAACGGAGCAGGGUUUGGCUACGUGGUUGCUUUCCGGCCCUUUGGUGCCACCGGGUGGAUGCAGGCGGCAGUUCCCUCUCCUGAAGCCUCCAAAUACGUCUUCAAAAACGAGACCAUUUUACCCUUUUCUCCAUUCCAAGUCAAAGUGGGCGUGUACAAUAACAAGGGGGAAGGACCUUUUGGACCCGUGGUUACCAUUUACUCUGCUGAGGAGGAGCCUGGAAGGGCACCCAGUCGACUCAGAGCCAAGAGUCUUUCAGCAUUUGAUGUUGAGGUAUAUUGGAAAGCCCUUCCCUGGAGCACAAGCAAGAAACGUGUUCUCGGCUAUGAGUUGAGAUACUGGGAGAAGAAUGAGAAAGAAGACACAGCUAGUUUGCUAAGGACAGUAGGAAACCGGACGGUGGCCAUUAUUCAAGGGUUAAAAGGAUGUACCACCUAUUAUAUAACGGUGAGAGCCUACAACACAGCAGGAACAGGACCACCAAGUCCAGCGGUCAACGUUACCACCAAAAAGCCUCCCCCUAGCCAGCCGCCGUCAAAAGUCAUGUGGAAUACAUCAAACUCCAAAAUCAUUCUGAACUGGGAACAGGUGAAACCUCUGGAAAAUGAAUCUGAGGUCAUGGGAUACAAGGUACUGUAUAAGCGGAACCAAUUCAGCAGGCCCAGCAUUAUGGAGACCAACACCACCUCAGUGGAGCUGUCGCUACCUACCGAUGAGGAGUACAUCAUCCAGAUCAGGUCUUUUGGAGAAGGAGGGGAAGGCAGCAGCAGCCGACAGAUCACCAUUCCCAAAAUAUCAGGUCCCAAUGCCAUCGGCUCGGCGUCCAGUGUGUCCACUCUCUCUGCCCUCAGUACAAUAGCUCUCUCCCUCACAGCUCGCACAUCUUUAUGACAGAACACAGCGCGGGCCGCUGACUUCAGACGAAACGCUCUUCCUCUAGAGAAGACUGAGAAAAGUGACUCAGACAGAUCGAUGAAAACUCGUUCAUACAAACCAGAGGACCUACGUGAACGAUAAUACUGGGAUAAAUAGAAAAAAAAACUUUUUUUAAACGAGUGUGUGGUUUGUUAGCCAAUUCAAAAAAGAUUGAAGGCUGAUGGGAUUGAAUUUGAUGUUACCAAAGCAGCUUAAAGAAAAAAAUAAAUACCAAAAAACAAACUUUGAGGAAAAUGUCACAUGCCUCUUUUGUAUGUAAGACAUACUUAGCUUUUUACUUUUUUGUUUGAUCCAGUUGGUCUGUCUGUUCCUAUUAGAGUACGCCAGGUGUGUAGGAACCGCUUUAGAUGCAUGUCAUGUACAAUGUUUUGUAAGAAAAUGCAAGUGUCUGGAACAUAAUCAUUUAGAGCAAGACAUAUUUGGCUGAAAACCAACUAAUCAUCAUAACACGAGGUGAUGGUCCUCUGUGGGUCACAUGUACUUACCAAGCUAAGAAUCUCCAAGGACGUCUUACUGUUUACGACGCGGGAAAACUUGCACUGAAAUCACGUCUGGAAGAAAGUGAACAACAACAAAAAAUAUCAUCCUGACCAGAAACUGGAGAGAAUGCUGCUACAAGGCCAAGUCGGACGUCUCCUGAAGGCCGCACAUUGGCGUCUUUGUCACCUCUCUCUGCACUGGUCAGAAGCAAACAGACACCAGGCGUUGAUCUUGGCCGUCUAUUUUUAUUUAUUUAUUUCAUCAUCUUACGCUUAUCUGUUUGUGUGUCGCGUCUAGAGCUCUUCUUUGCCUUUUGUGUGCCUCAUUGUGUGUUUUUGAAAUCCUCAGGUCCUCAGAAAAGCCUUAAUACAUAUUUCUUAGCGUUACCUACUUAGAUAAGUGCUGGACGCCAGGGCUGUGAGUGGUUAGUCAAGCGGGAUGCUGGGGUUUGUGUAGUUGGUGCGAUUUUAUUGCAUCCGUGUUCCAUAUUAUAACAGCCGUACGCUGUUCCUCAUUGUUUCAAGGCAAUACGGUGUGUGUGCGCGUGUGUGACCUCUGCUAAUGUAGGGGCUACGAGCUCUGCAUUUUUUUUAAAUGCCACGUGGGAUUGGUGCGAUGAAAGUAGCUUGUCAUUUCUUGAGAUGCAAAUAGACGUACUGCUUAAAGGGACAUGUGGAGCUCUGAGACUGAGUGAGAACCAAUGUAUAUGUAAGUUAAAUGCUUUUUUGUAUACUCCAGAUAAUUUAUAUUUAAGUGGACGACAUUGAAGUUUCCUACAAAACUCAUCUCGGUUUUUAUCUAACAGAAUAUACGUUUCUUAGCUUAGCGGGACUCUGCAUGUGGAUGUAUUCAUUCCAUUCUUGAUUCAUUAGGUACUAACCGAUGAACUUUUGACGAAAGGAUACAACUACAGUCAUCCAUUUCUGAAGAGUUGUGUAUCUGUGUGUCUGUCAUAGCCAGAACGCUCUUUCUCUAAGAACUCCAUUUAUUAUACCGUUAUAACUUUUUCCUCCAAGGUUCUCUGUUUAUACUGGAUCACAAAAUAAAUGACAUUUAUAAAAAUGAUCACACACGUUUUGAUUGGGUGCAUUAUAAGAGUUUUGUCAUUUGCUCACAUCAUUCCAAACCUAUACCACCAUUGUGUAGCUUCAUAAAGUACAUGUAAAAAAAAUUAAAAGGUAUCCAUAUUACAUGUGCGCUGUUUGUAUAAACAAUGUACACUAAAUCAUGAUCGUCUGUGAUCUGAGAAAAAAAGAAAAAAGUUUUAAUUAUCAUUUUAAUAUUCAGUUGCAGCAUUGUUUUAAGUAAUAAGGUCAAAAUUGUGAGAUAUACAUUUCCUGUUUUCCUCUGUAACCAUUUACGAAGUUGGCAAGUGUGUUCCAGC